GCGCAGGCGCUGUCCUCGCCGCCGCCCCGGCCUGCUGGGGAACAAAGGGAGCGCGGCCGGCGCUGGAGCGGAAGUACAAAUAUAAUGUCAGGUGGCUGAAAAUUUGCCUAUCAAAAUGUCAAAAAGGCCAUCUUACGCCCCACCUCCUACCCCAGCUCCUGCAACCCAAAUGCCCAGCACACCAGGGUUUGUGGGAUACAAUCCAUACAGCCAUCUGGCCUACAACAACUACAGGCUGGGAGGGAACCCGGGCACCAACAGCCGGGUCACGGCUUCCUCUGGUAUUACCAUUCCAAAGCCCCCCAAACCCCCAGACAAGCCCCUGAUGCCCUACAUGAGGUACAGCCGGAAGGUCUGGGACCAAGUGAAGGCGUCCAAUCCUGAUUUGAAGUUAUGGGAAAUUGGCAAGAUUAUUGGAGGAAUGUGGCGAGAUCUCACUGAUGAAGAGAAGCAAGAGUAUUUGAAUGAAUAUGAAGCUGAAAAGAUAGAGUACAAUGAGUCCAUGAAGGCCUACCAUAACUCUCCUGCAUACCUUGCCUACAUCAACGCAAAAAGUCGUGCUGAGGCUGCAUUGGAAGAAGAAAGCCGACAAAGGCAGUCACGCAUGGAGAAAGGUGAACCUUACAUGAGUAUACAGCCAGCAGAAGAUCCAGAUGAUUACGACGAUGGAUUUUCUAUGAAGCACACAGCCACAGCUCGUUUCCAAAGAAAUCAUCGUCUCAUCAGUGAGAUCCUGAGUGAAAGUGUGGUGCCCGAUGUCCGCUCUGUUGUCACUACAGCUAGAAUGCAAGUUCUUAAACGCCAGGUUCAGUCUUUAAUGGUUCAUCAGCGUAAACUAGAAGCUGAGCUUCUGCAAAUUGAAGAGCGUCACCAGGAAAAGAAGAGGAAGUUUUUGGAAAGCACAGAAUCCUUUAACAACGAGCUUAAAAGGUUAUGCAGUUUGAAGGUGGAAGUGGAUAUGGAAAAAAUUGCAGCUGAAAUUGCUCAAGCUGAGGAACAGGCUCGCAAGAGGCAGGAGGAACGGGAAAAAGAAGCAGCUGAGCAAGCCGAACGCAGUCAAAAUAACAUAGCAGCUGAGGAAGAACAGGCAGCUAACAAGAUAGAGGAGAAGAAAGAAGAGGAGAGUGCUCCAAUGGAGACAGAAGAGCCUCACCCAGAAGAGAGCACAGAAAACCAGCAGAAUGGUGAAGAAGGAACAUCUACCCCAGAUGAUAAGGAGAGUGGCCAAGAAGGGGUCGAUAGCACUGCAGAGGAGGGAACCAGUGAUAGCAACACUGGUUCAGAGAGCAAUAGUGCGACAGUUGAAGAGCCUCCUGCAGACCCUAUCACUGAGGAUAGUGAGAAGAAAGAAUAAAUAUUGACUCAUUUCAUGUGUCUCUUUUUAAUGAAGUACUGUUUUGAUUUCAAAAUGUGCUAUGCGGCUUUUGUAUCUUCUUCCUUGCCUGUAUCACUUGUCCCUAAAGGAUACUGGGUUUUAGUAACACGUCAGAUUAUCAGCAUAGCAACUUGAAGGGGCCUUUAGAGGCAAAGGCUAUCUUACAACAGACAGAAAAUAAAACCUCAUGUGUCUAAACACAGCUGUUACAAUAUGGAGAGGUACUUAGUAUUGCUUGGGAUUUCUUCCCUAGAAAGACAGCAUUGGCUUUGGGUUUUACAUUAGAAAUCAGGCCUUCUCCCUUUCUUCUAGUUACAGAACCACGGUGGAGAUGUUCUCAAAGGCCCUUCUUGUUCAUUUGUGGCUGAAGUGAGAUGCAGAUGCGUGUCGCCUCUCUGCUGUAGCCCUUCUGACGUGGCUUUACUGAGGGACUGGCUCUGCCCCAACACGGCUGAGCGCAACAUGACGUUUGCAGCAAGGACCCUAGCGCUGUGGUCACGGAGGCUGAGGAAGCAGCACGGUUGAGAAAUGUGGUUAAUAGCACUCGCUUUCUACAGAGGUCAGAACGUUACUGAGGCAUCCUCGGGCUGACAUCAGUAUUAGGCAAAGACGUGAUGCCUAGAGCAUUUCCUUGAUCUAACAAAACGCACAGCAGCCUAGCGUGUGUUACCACCACUGCUUCAGUUCUCGCCAGCGAGGAUGUCUACUGCAGCUGCCCAGUUCUUUGCUCUUAAAGAAAGCUUUCAGUACUCACGAGUAGUGCUCCUAAAUAAGGCUGAAAGACUUGGUCUUAGGGUUUUUUUGGUAUAGCCUUUGUCAUUGUUUAUAGAGUAGCUGUUCUACAGCGGUGGAAACUUGCUCGUGUUUUGCACACAGCAUUUCAGGAGAUCCAUUUCCAAAGGACCGAGUAUAGUCUUGAAGUGAAUGACGUAUCUUGGGGGUUUUUUCUGUGAUGCAGGAUUCUUUUCAACAACAGUCUCUGCUUUUCUUUACCAUUUAACUCCUUUAUUUGCUACUACGAUAUCUUGGUAUGACCUCAGCCAGAGAUAUGGCAAAGUACAAAGCAGGAGAGCAUUUAAACACGUACAUGUUCUCUGAGCAGCCAGUCACUAAUACGGCACAAGCGGUAAAUAGUAGUUUUGCUUGCCAUGAGCUUUCAAAACCUCUGGGAACUCUACGAAUGUACUGAAAAUGCCAAAUUUUGCCCUAUAUAAGCAGAAGCCCUACUGAAGAAAAAAAUACACUUAAUUGCAACAAGAGAUACAAGCCGUUCCAUGACUUUACAACUAUAAGAGAACACAUGAUGCAUAUGCUUCAAUAAACUAGUAUGUUUUUAUGGAAUAGUGGGUAUAUCAGAUGGUAAUGUUUUUUAAAUCCUUUUGGUCUUUUUUUUUUAAAUGGUCUAAAAAUAAUAAAAUCCAACAUGUUUGGUUUUUUUAAACUGA